CUCGGAGGCGGGGCCGUCUGUCCGAGCCGCGCCGCGCCUCCGGACAAUGGGGCCGCGGCGGCUGCUGCUCGUCGCCGCGGGACUCAGUCUGUGCGGCCCCUUGCUGUCGGCCCGCACCCGAGGCCGCAAGCACGAGUCAAAAGCAAACAAUGAUACUGCGGAGAUCCGGUCAUUUUUUUCCAUGAAUACCAAUGACAGAUUUGAAUCAUUCCCACUGUACGAGGACUCUGAGGAGAAAAACAGAAACGGGUUCCCUGAAGACAGAUUAAGCUCCAUCAACAGAAGCCAUCCUCUUGAAAUACUGUCCCGUCCAUUCGUCUCAAAAGAGGCCUCAGAAUAUCUGACCAGCACCUGGCUGACGCUUUUUAUCCCCUCCGUCUACACUGGUGUGUUCGUCAUAAGCCUUCCUCUGAAUGUCAUGGCCAUCCUUGUGUUCAUCCUGAAGAUGAAGAUCAAGAAGCCUGCCGUGGUGUACAUGUUACAUCUGGCCACAGCAGACGUGCUCUUUGUGUUAUUACUCCCGUUCAAGAUCAGCUACUACUUCUCCGGCAGUGAUUGGAAAUUUGGGUCUGAGAUGUGUCGCUUUGUCACCGCAGCAUUUUACUGUAACAUGUACGCAUCUAUCAUGCUCAUGACGGUCAUUAGCAUUGACCGGUUUCUGGCUGUGGUGUACCCCAUCCAGUCCCUCUCCUGGCGCACCCUGGGAAGGGCCUCCUUCAUUUGUCUGGCCAUCUGGGCUAUGGCCAUCGCCGGGGUGGUGCCUCUGCUCCUCAAGGAGCAAACCACCCAGGUGCUGGGGCUCAACAUAACCACCUGCCAUGACGUGCUCAAUAAAACCCUGCUGGAAGGCUAUUAUGCCUAUUACUUCUCCGCCUUUUCUGCUGUCUGCUUCUUUGUACCACUCAUCAUUUCUACAGUCUGUUAUGUGUCUAUCAUUCGAUGUCUUAGCUCCUCCACUGUUGCCAACCGGAGCAAGAAGUCCCGGGCUUUGUUCCUGUCGCUUGCUGUUUUCUGCAUCUUCGUCAUUUGCUUUGGACCCACCAACGUCCUCCUGAUUGUGCAUUACUCACUCCUUUCUCAAAAUUCCAUGGCAGAGGCUGCCUACUUUGCCUACCUCCUAUGCGUCUGUGUCAGCAGCCUAAGCUGUUGCAUUGAUCCUUUGAUUUACUAUUACGCUUCCUCUGAGUGCCAGAGGCACCUCUACAGUAUCUUAUGCUGCAGAGAAAGUUCUGACGCAAGCAGCUAUAACAGCAGUGGUCAGUUGGUGGCAAGUAAAAUGGAUACUUGCUCUAGUAACCUCAAUAGCAGCAUAUACAAAAAGCUCUUAACUUAGGAAAAGGGACUGCCAGUGAGUUGACAAGAAAAGAUUCAAAAAGUGAGUAACCUGAGGAUUCUAUUAGUCCCUGCCAAAAAGGUAUUUGCAAUCAAAAGCAAUACAUCUAUAAUUUGCAUGCCUCUUUCUUAUGAGAGCCAUUAAUCAUAUCUAUUAGUUAUAGAAAAAGAUAACAAGAAUAGAAAACAGUGUUAUUCCAAGAGAGUAUUGCUGGUGCUACCAUAAUAACUCGUUUUUGAUAUAUUUAGGUGACUUACUAUAUAUUUGUGUGUGUGUAUGUGUGUGUACACACACACACAUUUGUAUCAUUUGGAGUGCAGUAUAGAAUAGGCACUUUUAAACCCUCUGUCUUUUCCCCCAGAAAUUAAAGUAAAUAAACCCUAUCUUCUGAUUUAAUGGGCAAAGUUCAGAUUGGUGGAUGGACAUCUGAAGAUGUUCAUCAAUAGGGAGGGAUUCUUAUUUGCUUUGGCAAAUAAGCGUAUUUUGAAAUUGUUAACAGCAAUGCUUAAGUUAUUAAAGGAUAAGACUUUGCACUA